UUCUUCUGUUUCCGUCUUUCAUUUAGGAAAAAAAAAAAAAACCCUCACUGAAAAUUCAUUUUCUUUGGACUUUACUCUCCGAAAUCCGAGUCCUAGGAAAGAUGCGUGAGAUUCUUCAUAUUCAGGGAGGGCAGUGCGGCAACCAGAUCGGUGCCAAGUUUUGGGAGGUGGUUUGCGCAGAGCACGGCAUAGAUUCAACGGGACGCUAUCAAGGAGACAAUGAUUUGCAGCUGGAGCGCGUUAACGUUUACUACAAUGAAGCGAGUUGCGGGAGGUUCGUUCCACGAGCCGUCCUUAUGGACUUGGAGCCUGGCACUAUGGAUAGUGUUAGAUCCGGGCCGUACGGGCAGAUUUUCAGGCCUGACAACUUCGUUUUCGGCCAGUCCGGUGCAGGGAAUAACUGGGCCAAGGGUCAUUACACGGAAGGGGCUGAGUUGAUCGACUCAGUGCUAGAUGUGGUGAGGAAAGAAGCCGAAAACUGUGACUGCUUGCAAGGAUUUCAAGUAUGCCAUUCAUUGGGAGGAGGAACUGGAUCGGGCAUGGGAACACUUUUGAUUUCCAAGAUCCGAGAAGAAUACCCAGACCGAAUGAUGCUCACUUUCUCUGUGUUCCCUUCCCCUAAGGUGUCUGACACUGUUGUCGAACCUUACAAUGCUACUCUCUCUGUUCACCAGCUUGUUGAGAAUGCAGAUGAAUGUAUGGUUUUGGACAAUGAAGCUUUAUAUGAUAUUUGCUUCCGUACACUGAAGCUCACUACUCCAAGCUUUGGAGACUUGAACCACUUGAUUUCAGCCACCAUGAGUGGUGUGACAUGCUGCCUUCGUUUCCCUGGUCAAUUAAACUCAGAUCUACGCAAGCUUGCCGUCAAUCUCAUUCCAUUCCCUCGCCUGCAUUUCUUUAUGGUUGGCUUUGCUCCACUUACUUCUCGAGGGUCACAGCAAUACAGGGCUCUUACUGUUCCCGAGCUCACUCAACAAAUGUGGGAUGCCAAAAACAUGAUGUGUGCUGCUGAUCCUCGCCAUGGGCGAUACUUGACUGCUUCAGCCAUGUUCCGUGGCAAGAUGAGCACCAAGGAAGUUGAUGAACAAAUGAUUAAUGUCCAGAAUAAGAACUCAUCUUACUUUGUGGAGUGGAUCCCCAAUAAUGUGAAGUCUACUGUUUGUGAUAUUCCUCCAAUAGGCUUGAAGAUGGCCUCAACGUUCAUUGGAAACUCGACAUCUAUUCAGGAAAUGUUCCGGAGAGUAAGUGAGCAGUUCACUGCCAUGUUUCGCAGGAAGGCUUUCUUGCACUGGUAUACUGGGGAGGGAAUGGAUGAGAUGGAGUUUACGGAGGCUGAGAGCAACAUGAACGAUCUGGUUUCAGAGUACCAACAAUAUCAAGAUGCAACAGCUGAUGAGGAGUAUGAUUAUGAGGAGGAGGAGGAUGCGGAGGAGGAUCUCCAGGAAUAGUAGUAGUGUGUGUUUCUUACUGUUUGCUUUCUUAACGUUUUGGAAUUUUUUUUUUCUGUUCUUUCAACCUGAAUUCCUGGUUUGGGUGUUAGAAAUGUGGUUUCCUGGCUUAUGUUUUUUUGUUUACGAACAUCUUUACAUCAGUAGAUAGAUACUAGACUCGUACGGAUGCAUAUGGUUUUGUAUGGGAUAUUGCUUUUUGGUAACUAUGUAAUUUGGUACUAUAAAUAUAUUAGAAAUCACUCUUAAGUUA